AGCACCCUGGAAACACCAGGCCCCAGGGAUUCGCCCUAGCUACAACCUUCCCUUGGUCGACCGGCAUAUAUGGUGCCAGAAAUUUGAAGCGCCCGUGAUCAAACCCCUGCUUUUCUGUGUAGAUAUCGCACACGCGCGUUGACUUGGUUCAGCAUACUACAUCCUCCUAUCACAACCCGAUCAAGUCAAGCCGUACGGGUAUCUAGCAGCAUUGCGCAGAAGAAUCACAUCAUGUCGUUAUCCCAACACGCGCGCCCCGUUGGGGACCCUCCAGCUGCCGUUAUACCCCAGCUGCCGGCGCCGAAGACGAGGAAAAGCUUGCUCGUGCCAGCGGAUAUAUCGAGGUCUACAUCACCGUCCAACCUACCCUCAAAAAUGAGAACCCCAUCAAGCCCCAGACCCUCGCUCAGCAAGUCCCCGCUGUCCAAUUCAGCUUCCAACCUCGGCUCUCCGAGGUCAAUAUCCGGCGGUCGAACUCCCAGUAGUCCGGAAAAAUCUUUGCGCAGGACAGUCAGUAUCGCGGCUUUCCCGCAACCACCAAAGGGCGGAAGCCGCCCCUCCACUUCGUCUUCGGUUUCGGGAAUUCAGAACGGUCACUCCACUGGAAGUGUCAAGGCCAAGAGAGAUUCGAGGGUCAGCGUUCGAACGACCAGCAGCCACCGGAGCUCGAAAACACCAUCACUAUUGAACGGGGCGGGCGAAGGCAAGUCGAUACUGAGUUCGGAGGCGCGAGAGCAAGAGGGGUCACCCUCCCAAAGUCGAAACUCAUCUGCACAAGGGUCCUAUUCCACCAGUGCAACCACAUUCGAUGACGUGGAUGAUGCAACGGGUCACUCAAAAUCUGGUUCUAAGUCUAAGGAGGCAAAGGGCAAUGUGAUCGUGAGCGUCCGUGUUAGGCCUGAACCGGGCGGAGCUGAAACCCCCAGGGCUAAUGGCGACUGGAUGGUGGAUGGACGACGGGGCCUCAUCUCUGGCGGGGGCAAAGAGGGCGGUGAUUAUACCUAUGAUAAUGUUUUCUCGACACAGGAGCACAACGCAAAGGUUUACGAUUCCGCUGCAAAGCGCCUUGUAAGACGAGUAAUGGAAGGAUACCAUGGGACGGUCUUCGCCUACGGAAUGACCGGUACUGGUAAAACCUUUUCAAUGCAAGGGACUGCAACAUCGCCUGGCGUUAUACCGUUGGCGAUAACCGACAUAUUCUCUUUCAUUCGCGAAACGCCACAUCGAGAGUUUCUCCUUCGUGUCAGCUAUCUGGAAAUCUACAACGAGAAGAUUCACGACUUGCUUUCUCUUUCUAGCGGGGGGGCCACCGCCCAGCAAGAGGAAAUCAAACUACGCGAGGACAGCAAACGGGGAGUGUAUGCGACACCCUUGCGAGAAGAAAUCGUCCAGAGUCCGACACAACUUCUUCGAGUCAUUGCAAGGGGUGACCACGCCCGAAGAACAGGCAGUACACAGUUUAAUGCUCGCAGUUCUCGAAGUCACGCAGUCGUCCAAAUUGUCGUGGAAAGCAGAGAGCGAGCUCCUGCGGGAGGUGCUCAUGACAGACGGUCAGGCAUAGCCCCUGGCGGAGUGCGUGUGUCGACACUUAGCUUGAUUGACUUGGCUGGCUCUGAGCGCGCUGCAGACGAUAAAGAACGGCGUACGGAAGGUGCACAUAUCAACAAGAGCUUGCUCACUCUAGGCACAAUCAUAUCAAGACUGUCGGAGACCAAAGAUAAAUCAGGUGAUGGUGAUGGCAGGCACUUACCAUUCCGAGACAGCAAACUGACACGACUUCUCCAACCUGCGUUGUCUGGAAACUCGCUUGUCAGUAUACUUUGUACCAUUCAACUAGGCGGGGCGACCAAUUCCCAUUCCAGUGAAACUAUGAACACACUGAAAUUUGCCUCUCGCGCCAAGAAUAGUAUUGUCAGUCAUGCUAAACGGGCGGAGGAGGCUUUUGGGGGUGGUGGCGGAGAUGCAGGGAGUCGCGUUCUCCUGGAACGCUAUCGGAUGGAGAUCCAAGCUCUUCGCGGCCAACUCGAGAAUCAGACCAAAGAACAGGCGGAAAAUACUCUGAAAAUUGAAGAAGAACAGUUUGAAAAGGAAACCCAGGCUCGCCACGAGGAACAAAUGCUAGAGAUGCAGUUGGCUCGGACAGCAUUAAAGGAACGAAUCGAACACCUCAACCGUCUGAUCCUCUGUUCCAAGUCAACCGGCGUGAAUAGCCAUGGAAGCAUGUCCGUUCUUGGCCGGUUCUCGCGAUUGUCUACAACGGAUCUCGGAUCUCGGUCUUUGCGCUCCUCAGCCAGUCAGUCAACCUUAGCGGCGUAUGGGCACACGCUUAGUCGACCUGUUUCUUUCCUCUCCGCGCAUAGCAACGAACCAUCCGGCACUUUACCUGGCUCGUUCGGCAAUGAAGACGAGGACGACGUCAUGGGUGAGUUCGCGGACGGCAAUGCCAGCACCCAAGCACAGAUCACGGCCCUCCAGGCUGAUCUUACCGACAAAAACCGAUAUAUCUCCACGUUGGAAAGGCGCUUGCUACAAGCAAGGCGGUCCAGCCAAUCUCGGAUGUCAGUGGGGGCAAAGUCUGGAAACAGCGUCUCGGAAAGCCCCGAUGCCACGGCUCUGCUUCGUGAGAAAGACAUGGAAAUAAAUGAACUUCGCCAGCAACUUGAUGAUAAAGACCGAAUGCUCGCCGCAUUUCGUUCAGCCGCCCGACAUCGAGAUCUGGCACACAUCACCACUGACACUCGUCCUCUGAGUACCAAUGACAAGCCAGAUAUCAAUAUAGGUGGCCAUCCACUAAAGGCUGACUCCGAUGGCGAUCUUGCGUCCAAAGGAGGGGAAGCAGAGGAGAAGCGAAGGAGAAGCAUGGACGAUGUAUCACGUAUUUUGGACGAAAUGAUUCAUGACCGCGUGAAGAGCGGACAUCUAGUGAAGGGCGCUCGUGGGAGUGUACGCAUUCCUACCGAAAGCCGACGCGCGUCCGAAUCCAUGAUGAACGUCCAAGGUUUGAACCCAGGCAGCUCCCCUCAAAUACAGUCACAGACGGAGACGGACCAGACAUCGGCAUAAAUAUGCCCUUGACAAGAUUGUCUUUGUUUCGAGCAUGAUUUUAUUGCGUCAUUCCGGGCCAUGUAACCAUGCCCUUUUUUAUAUUUCCAUCCGACUUUUCCAUUCUUGUUUUCUCGCAUGUAUGCAAUUUGCUUCUCAAGUUCGUCAGAUACCCAGGAUACUUGUUUUCGUUGUUGUAUAAUUCAAAACAUUCGUGUCCCGGCUCAGCCAGAACAUAACAUGUCAAUUCUUCAAUCCUUCUCUGUUUUAAGACUGGUUUUUCCUUCGUUCUUCAAGGUAAAGAGGGUCAUGCAUU